UAUGUACUUAAAUUUCCAAUUUGAAUUGUUUGUGAAUUUUGUUUAGCUACACCAUUUUGCAUUCGUUUACUCACCAAUUCAAAACCCGCGUUAUCGACUUGUUUAGUUAGUAUCCAACUAGCUUACAACGUUUUAUUCACUGCGCUUUCGUCAUAUUAGCAAUGUGUGAUGACUCUUGGAUUAAUGAAUCUAAUAUCAAGGAUAGAGAUUCUCUGAUUACGUUGGCUAAGAUUCAGGAGCAAGCUGAGCGAUUUAAUGAUAUGGCGUGUGCUAUGAAGAAAGUUGUCGAGACAUCAAAAACACUGAAUAAUGAGGAGCGAAACUUGUUUUCAGUGGCUUAUAAAAAUGUAGUUGGAUGUUGUAGAUCAGCUUGGCGUGUUGUUUCAAACAUUGAACAGCGAUUGGAUGACCAGAAGAAAAAACAAGCGGGAGAAUACCGUAAAACUAUUGAGAAGGAAUUACAAGCUGUCUGCCAGGAAGUCUUAGAUUUAUUACACGAGUCACUACUCAAAAGUGAAAAUACAGCUGAAGGAAUCGUGUUUUAUAAGAAAAUGGAAGGUGAUUAUUACAGGUAUUUAGCUGAGGUUCUAACUGACGACAAACGUGCUGAUGUUGUAAAACACUCAAGGGAAGCUUAUCAGGCAGCAACGGAGAAGGCAAAUAGUGACCUACCUCCAACUCAUCCAAUCCGUCUGGGCUUAGCUCUAAACUUCUCUGUGUUUUAUUAUGAAAUCGAAAACAAUCCCGAAAAAGCAUGCUCAAUUGCUCAGACUGCAUUUAAUGAAUCAAUCGGACAGUUGGACCAACCUGAAAGUGGUUCCUUCAAAGACAGUACACUUGUAAUGCAACUUCUUCGUGAUAACUUAACUUUAUGGACUUCUGAACGUGAAGCUGCUCAGUAACAUAGAAUAUCAGUGGCCACUUUAUGUUUACUUUGAAAACGUAACCUCAGAAAUACUCUUUACACUCACUUUAUAACGUAUGAACGAAUUUAUUGGUCACUUCUAAUUUAGUCUCUUGAAUAAAUCAUGUGGCAAUUCUCGUCAUUAUAUCAUAUGGUAUACCAAUUUUAAUUUAUAUUUGUGUAAAAUCCAGCUGUAAGACCAUUCUUGCUAAUAUUGAUGUCUGUUCGUUCAACUAAGAUGAAUAGCUGCUUUGUUAAAUAAAUUGCAAAUUCACUGAGUCUAUAUUUCACUUGGUUCAUAUACGUUAUUAAUAUUUCAUGUCUAAACAGUAAAGGAUUUUAUAUAUUUACAUAUACAGUGUUUCACAUUAAACGUAUAUAAGUAACUAAAAA